AUGACAAUCCAGCAAGUUUCCAUCCGUACUCUUCCAAACUUGUACCCAGACACACAAGAUGUUUACUCUGUAACCGUUAAUGGUGCUCCAAUCAACACGGUUGUAACCAAAGAUGCUGCAACAGUUGAUCACUGGAUUGAGCAGAUUUACAGUGAUUACAAAGAAACAUUAGAAGAUUGUGCCAAAAAAGAUUCUACAAAACGUUUCCUUGUUGCUCUUGAUGUGGAAUGGAAACCUGCUGCUUUUGCUUCCAAGUAUGAUUAUCCUCCGGUAGCAAUAUUAAAACUCUGUGUUGGUGGUGAUAGAUGUUUGAUUUUUCAGAUCUUGCGGUCUUUUCAAUUCCCUAAAUCUCUUCAUAGGUUUCUUGAUGAUGACAAUCUCAGAUUUGUUGGAGUUGGAAUCGAAGAUGUUGCGUUUAGACUUGAGAAUGAGUUUAAUCUUUGUGUUAAGAGAGCUGUUGAUCUUAGGGAUUUGGUUGCUGAAAAGUAUCCUCGUAUGGAGGACGAAUUUAUUCAGAUUCUUGAUUUGAUGGAAUUGGCUAAAGUGGUUUUUCGUUUUAGAGAAAUUGAAAGACCUAAAGAUGUUAGUCUGAGUAAUUGGAAUCAGAAAUACCUUACUCGAGAACAGAUUAUGUAUGCUGUCGUUGAUCCAUAUGUUUCUUCCAGGAUCGGUGAUCAACUCGGUUACGUUUGUGGACCUUAUGAUGGCAGUGUCACUAUUUUGGAUUGA